CUUACUGUACAUCUCCCCGCAGCUUUCAAAUUCUCCUUUUAUGUUCCCGGAAAAAUUAAGACAUCCGUUUCCAGAGAACCAAAGUGAGCUUAAACUUUUCGAAUUUCUUUCGGUACAUCAGCUUUGAAUGCCUUGAAAACUUUUUGGCUUGAUGGAUUCGUUUGUUCUCGAUAACGUGAAAGCAGAGAAAGCCAAGGCGAUGAGAAGGUACAAUCGGCUUCGAAGCUUGGCGAACGCGUUUCGUUUCUUGGAAUUGCUCUUGGCUUUGCUGUUUUUGGCGUGGACCUUCGGGCGCGUGCCUUUCCUCGUCAAGAUCUCCGGCGAGUUCAUUUUGAAGCUCGGAGGAGUAGUCGCCCGUCCUCUCUUCGUUUUCCUCGUCUGUAACGUCAUCAUCGUCACUCUCAUUGCUAAGUCCGGUAUUUUAUCCGCCGUUAUCAAUGCCGAUUCCAAAAUCUACGACGAAAUCACCAAAAUCGCUGAGAAUCGCUCCAAAUCGGAGUCUCAAGAAGAGAUUGUGUAUCAAGACAAGGAGAUCAUCUCUGAACCGAACACAGCUACUCUCACAUGUGAAGAAAUGGAGCCGGAGUCUGAGUCGGAUUCCGAUACUGAGACGGAUAAUCCCAGAGUGUAUAGAAGGAGUAAGUCGGAGAAGUUGCCGAUUAGAAAAACUGAAGAGCAAGUGAAGAAGGAACUGCGACGAUCGGAGACAGAACAGUGCCACAAAAUAGAAAACACGGACGAGGAAUUAUUUCCAGAAGACGAGCUGAACAACGAAGAGUUUCAACGAACGAUCGAAGAUUUUAUCGCCAAACAGUUGAGGUUUCGCCGAGAAGAAUCUCUGUCUAUUGUUCUUCGAUGUUUAAAUCCUGAAAAAUAAAUUUACUUUUUCAGUAAAUUUUAACCGCUCAAAAAAAAAGAACAUUGUUUAUUACUGUUUCUUUUUUCACCUUUGAAAAGAGAAAGUAAAAACGACUACUUAUGGUAUGGUUGUACAGU